ACAUGCACAGCCUGAAAGAUGGCGAUGGCAGAGAAGAGCACUAAGCAGAAGCUCCUGUCGGUUCUGGAUGAUCUGGAAGUGUUAUCCAGAGAACUUAUAGAAAUGUUGGUACUUUCGAGACACCAGAAGCUUACUCAACCUGGAGAGGAGAAUCAGAUUUUGGAUUUGUUAAUUCAGAAGGAUGGAGAAUUUCAGGAGCUCAUAAAGCUAGCUUUUAAUCAAGGAAAGAUUCACCAAGAAAUGCAGCUCUUGGAAAAAGAAGUGGAAAAGCGGGACAGUGAUAUUCAACAGUUACAGAAACAACUAAAAGAAGCUGAGCACAUAUUGGCAACAGCUGUCUACCAAGCUAAAGAGAAACUGAAGUCAAUAGAUAAAGCAAGAAAAGGUGCCAUUUCCUCUGAAGAACUGAUCAAGUAUGCCCAUCGGAUUAGCGCAAGUAAUGCUGUAUGUGCACCUUUGACAUGGGUUCCAGGUGAUCCUCGUCGGCCGUAUCCUACAGACUUGGAGAUGAGGAGUGGUCUGCUUGGACAGAUGAGUAAUUUGCCUACUAAUGGUGUUAAUGGGCACUUACCAGGGGAUGCACUUGCAGCAGGACGACUUCCAGAUGUUUUGGCUCCACAGUACCCUUGUGAUAUGUCCAUGAACAUGUUGCCACCAAACCACAAUAGUGACUUUUUAAUGGAUUCUCUUGGACCUAAGGAGAAUGAAGAUGAUGUAGAGGUCAUGUCUACAGACACUUCUAGCAGCAGCAGUGACUCUGAUUAGUAACCGGGACUAAACCCCCACCCCCCAUGACUUCAGAAAAGGUUACCUACGGGACAAUGAAGUGGCAUUGGCAUAGUGUGAUCCAAAUGUUACUUUCCUAAAAGGAAGAGCCCGACUUUCUAAUACCAGAUCAAAAUUCGAAUUAGGAUGUUACUUUGUCUAAAAUUUGUAGUUAUAUAUAUUUUUUUUUUUUAUUGACACAUUGUCACAAAGUUUCAGUAUUUGUAAUUAUCUAAAACAUGAACCAUCAAAACAAAAAAGACAAAGUGUUUGGCUUUCAGAUUAAAUUAUUAUUAUUCCCACAUGCAUAUCGAAUAUAGAAAGGUUUUUGUUAUUAUAAUGAAAUAGCCUUUUUACCCAUUCACUACGAUGUAAAACCUUAAAUCAGUUUAAUUUUGUAUUUAAGGCAUGGUCACUGAUAUUUUAUUUGCUUUAUAUUUAUCUUUAAACUGAACUGUAGUUCCAUAUAUGUAAAUACAUGUCUUUUUUAUA